AUGGCCACCCUAGCACGUUCGGGAAAUGUGGCAACGAAAGUGGUUUGUGGAUCACAACACUACACAAGCUUUGUCGUUGCCUCUCCAUCGUCUAAAGUAGUUACUCCUAUCAAGGACGUCGUUACGGAGUUCAAAACCCCCGACUCACUGCAAAAUGCAGCAAGUCGCUGUACUAACCAUGGAGGUAUACUCUCGUCCAACUUCGCCUUCAAGGGAAUAAACGUUUCAUCUCGUCGUUUUGCACAUACCGACGUCAAAUUCCCGGACUUCUCAGAGUACCCUGGUGGUGUGAUGUCUCUCUGGGCUGCCAAGGAGGUGACCCAAAUCGCGGUUAUUUACAAGGCUAUGGCUGCCGACCAGCGUGCCUUAGCUUCGAUUGAGGUGAACUUGGACGAGAUUCCUGAAGGCGUAACGAAGACCUUCGAGUGGCGUGGAAAGCCGGUUUUCGUUAAACACCGAACAAAGGCCGAG